ACAGUGACCAAAUCCAACAUCCCGACGCCGUGACAGCUGCUGGUGUGCACGCUGCUCGCUAGAAACCUUCUUUUUUCCUCCACAUUUAGCUGGUAUUUCUUAGAUAUUAAUAGUAGACUUGAUGCACAGCAGACUGAUCCUACCUGCGGUGAAAUCAAACGGAUAAAACGAGCGACUGAUGUGAAGCAGGAACCGUUUUAUGAUCUCUUCUCUAAAUGAUAGGGAGGCUUCAUAGGGAAACAGUGAUUGCCUGAAAAAACAGCAGUUCCCUUUUGUCACCUGAAUACACAGCGACUGAUGGCAACCAGUGCCAAGAGGCCGCCUCUGCAGGGUCCAGUGCCCCCUCCUCGCAAGAAGACGACCCCCAAGCCAGAGCUGACUGAGGAGCAGAAGCAGGAGAUCAGGGAGGCCUUUGAGCUCUUUGAUACCGAUGGAUCUGGACACAUAGAUGUAAAGGAGCUCAAGGUUGCAAUGAGAGCUCUGGGCUUCGAGCCAAAGAAAGAGGAGAUCAAGAAGAUGAUCAGUGAAGUGGAUAAGGACGGCACAGGAAAGAUCUCCUUCGCUGACUUCCUCACCAUCAUGACACAGAAAAUGGCUGAGAAGGACUCUAAAGAGGAGAUCCUGAAAGCUUUCUGCCUGUUUGAUGACGAUGAGACGGGGAGGAUCUCAUUCAAGAAUCUAAAGAGAGUAGCCAAAGAGCUGGGAGAGAACCUGACAGAUGAAGAGCUGCAGGAAAUGAUUGAUGAAGCAGACAGGGAUGGAGAUGGAGAAGUGAACCAGCAGGAGUUUCUGCGCAUUAUGAAGAAGACCUGCCUGUACUGAAGGAGGUGCACAACAUGAGGGUCGGUGACGCAGUGUCCAGAGGACCACUGGAGGUUUUAUAUGUAACGCUGCUCGUACAUUUGUCUAGAAGAACCCUUUUGCUGUGUAGUGCCAUGCAUUUUUAAUUAAAAUGAGUCAAUGUUUAACAAUCACAUACUACAGUGAAAAGAAAUUGUUAAAGACUUGAGCAAGAAGUUCGGUGAAACGCUAAAUUAUCAUCCUUUAAUUUAUACAAUAAUCUACUUUACAUCUGCCAAAACAGUAAGAGAAUUUUCUCUUUCUUGUUAGGAAUGCUGCAUACUUUUCUGAAGAAUAUACACUGAUGAUAUUAUUGAUAUAUGGGGCUUGUUUUUUGUUGAAUAAUUUUCAGUGUCUGCCUUGAAACAGUGACAAACAGUACAUUCCAAUGCUUUGUUUUGUAGUAGAGUUUGUGCGUUAUGUUCGAUCGUUUGGGUUAUACUGCUGUACUUCCUGUUUUGACUCUUUUGGACUGGUUUUCCGGAGAAACUUGUCAUUUGAGAAGCUGGGGAAGUGCUGAGGAGUGGGGAGUGCCGUCUCAUCUCCGUGCUGCCUGUGGAUUUGUGCCUGUGCCUCUUGAAGGGCCGAUCAUCACAAUCAGGGAAACUGUCCGACCUCUUCGACCUGCUCACCUUCCCCACAGGUCCUGUUAUCUUCAAACUAUAUGAUCGCUGAUGUAUCUUUCUGGUAGCUUUCAGUAUUUAGCCUCCUGUUGUGCAUAUUUUCUCUUCUUAAAUGUUUUGUAUAAUAUAUAGUGCAUUGAUGAGUAGACAGCAUAUUAGUGUUUCAGGUUCAAAUUAAAUAUAUUGAAGCAGUU